AUGGCUCAGGAGUUGCGACAGUCACUACAACCUGACAGUACUUGCAAAUUUCCUAUGGAGGAGAAGCUCAAGAAGUUGCGCACCGACCCAAGAGUGACCAUGUUUUUGUUACCCUUUCCGAAGACUGCCGCGAAGGAGACGGACAAGGCAACGGGUUCAGGAGACAGGCCACCUCCGCCCAACAGGCGUCCGAAGAAGCCUAGGGUGUCAGCCAAGGCCAAGAGCAUGUGUCGAAAGGAGCUCAAGGAGUUUGACCAGAAAGACGGCAAGGGCAACGCCAUACGCUGGGCCUUCAACUUGAAGGGAGGAUGCAAGGGUGACAGCCUGGAGCUUAGGAAGGCAGAGGAGAGCCUGCGUGCAGGGCUUGAGCCUCAUUUGCAAGAGGUUUUGAAGGGCAAGAAGCUAGCCAAAGGGGUGAUCGAUAGCAUAUGCAAGCAGGUUGCCAAACCGAACAACCCGGGACUGGAAGCUGAAGUUUGGCGGUUGACCCAGGAGGAGAUAGACAAGGGUUGGGCUUGGUUAGACAAGGAGUGCUAUCCCGAGGAGCAGCUGUUGGCCAAACGGUUCGGGUUGAGACAGGGAGAAAGACCAGCCGCAUCGAUGACUGCUCGGUCGGGGGCUUCAACGGCGCCUGUGGAUCUAGCGAAAAGCUAA